CUCUUUUUCUUUUGUCUUCCCCCUCCUGUUCAAAUACCCCUCAUCAUGGCCGACAGCGAGUUCACUCCCAAGUUCGCUCCGUUCUUCUCCUUUGCGGGAAUCGCUGCAGCCAUGAUCUUCGGAUCAAUGGGAGCGGCAUAUGGGACAGCGAAAUCCGGGAUUGGUAUCUCCGGUGUUGGUACCUUUAGACCCGACUUGAUUAUGAAGUCCUUGAUUCCCGUCGUCAUGUCCGGUAUUAUUGCCGUGUACGGUCUGGUCAUCGCCGUUCUCAUUGCGGGUGACCUGAACCCACCCCCAACACAGCACUUGAGUUUAUACACGGGAUUUAUGCAUCUUGCGUCUGGAUUGUCGGUCGGUCUUGCAGGGGUUGCCGCAGGAUAUACUAUUGGAAUCGUCGGAGACGCGGGUGUGCGUGCGUAUAUGCAACAAUCAAGGGUCUAUGUUGGAAUGAUUCUCAUCUUGAUUUUCGGCGAAGUUCUUGGCCUUUACGGAUUGAUUGUCGGCUUGAUCCUUAACUCCAAGAGCUCCGGUUGAGCUCGACUUGCUGGGUGCAUUUGAAUUUCCAUUGGCUGGCGACUCGAUCUUCCUUGCUUCUUCAACUCCUUUUUGGCUCUCUCUCUCUCUCUCUCUCUCUUGUAUAGAAUUUACGACGAGGAUGAUGCAAUCCCUCAGACUGCAAUGAAGACACCGCAGUGAUGGUGUCCUCCAAUCACGUAUUGGACCUAUCUGCACAGUGCCCCGGAGUUUCGUUUUCUUUGUUUCGGAGACGGCUUCUUGUACUAGUACAUGCUUUAUAUGCGUUUGGACCAUGAACAUCACCAGGUUAAACCUGCUAUUUCCACCCAUCUUCUCGAACUUAGCCUUAAACCUCAAGUCAAAUAUAUCCCAUAAAUAAAUUCCUUAUAUCCAU